CUUUUACGCACCUCCUCAACGCCAAACCACGUCCACUUCCACAACCAGACCCUCCGCUCCCCCCCCGUUUCCCUUCACCCACCCCUUAUCCUGCCAAACGAUGAUCCGGGUCUGGUUCUUGGGGUAUCUGCACCCAUCGUGAUGGCUCCCGAGUCCGACGACUCCCCUUUGGCCUCCAUCGGCCUGGCCUUUGGGCCCGACGAUAUCGCGCUCCCCGAAGACCUCGACACUCACAGUCCCACCAGCUCGCGCGAUCCCGGUAGUGUCAUCGCUACCGCCGACUCCAACUUCCUUCAAGAAUCUGGGAAUGACGCCCACCCCGACGACGGCCCCGGGGGUUCCGCACCCCCGGACAACACCCAGCCAGACGAUGGCAAACCCGCCUGGAGCGAGAUGAAGACCAAGGCCGGGAAGGAGCGCAAGCGCUUGCCGCUGGCCUGCAUCGCCUGCCGACGCAAGAAGAUCCGCUGCUCAGGCGAGAAGCCCGCCUGCAAGCACUGCUCGCGCUCCCGGAUCCCCUGCGUCUACAAAGUCACCACCCGCAAGGCGGCGCCCCGCACGGACUACAUGGCGAUGCUCGACAAGCGGCUGAAGCGCAUGGAGGAUCGCGUGAUCAAGACAAUCCCGAAGGAGGAAACGAGGGAUAUGGCCGCCAUCGGGCGGUCGGUGGUGCGGCCCCCGCAGCCGGGCCAGACGUCGAAGACGCAGAAGAAGCGCUCCGCUGAGGAGGCGUUCGCGGCGGAACUGGACGAAUGGGGCCGGGGCAGUCGCGAGGGGCCGCAGGAUACGUUCCCUAUGCGCCGUGAAAGUAAGCCCGGCGGCGACGCCUCGGGGCUGAUGACGGAGGGAGCCGAGUUCUUGCCCUCGCUGGAGAUUCAGGAACACCUGGCGGAGGUAUUUUUCGACUGCGUCUACGGGCAGUCCUACCUCUUGCUACACAAGCCCAGCUUCAUGCGCCGGCUGAAGGCCCGGACGGUCCCGCCCGUGCUCAUCCUCGCCGUCUGUGCCGUGUCAGCUCGGUUUUCGACGCAUCCGCAGAUCAACUCCGAGCCCCCGUUUUUGCGCGGGGAGAACUGGGCGAACCCGGCCGCCGCGAUCGCGCUCAGUCGGCAUGACGAACCCAAUAUUACGAUUUUGACCGUGUUUCUGUUGCUCGGGCUUCAUGAGUUUGGGACCUGUCAUGGGGGCCGGAGUUGGUCCUUUGGUGGACAAGCGUUGCGCAUGGCGUAUGCUCUGCAGUUACACCGCGAGCUCGAGUACGAUCCUCUAUUGGUACAGAAGAAUGGGAACGGAUCCCAGCAGCUCAGCUUCACAGACCGCGAAAUUCGCAGACGAACCAUGUGGGCAUGCUUUUUGAUGGAUCGAUAUAAUUCGUCUGGGAGCCAGCGCCCGCCCAUUGGCAACGAGAAAUUCCUGCAAAUUCAGCUGCCUAUCAAAGAGACUCACUUCCAGAUGGAGAUACCAGGCCCUACCGAAGACUUAGAUGGUGUGAUCCUCAAUCCUGUACCAGACGGCGUGGGCCAAUUAUCCAACGCUCGAGACAACAUGGGCGUGUCAGCCUACAUCAUCCGUGCCGUGGUCAUCUGGGGGCGUAUUGUCGACUAUUUGAAUUUAGGAGGCAGGCGAAGAGAUACACAGCCCUUGUGGUCGCCCGAGUCUGGCUACAUGCGCCUCAAGCGACAGAUCGAAGAAUUUUCCGCCUCACUCCCUAGUCAUCUCUCUUUCAGCUACGAGAACCUCCAGAUCCACGCAGCUGAUCGCAUCGCAAACCAGUUUCUCUUCCUUCAUAUGAUUAUUCACCAAAAUAUGCUCUUCUUGAACCAAUUCGCCAUCCCACUGUCCCCCGGCGGCCGACCACCGCGGGACAUGCCCAAAGUCUUUUUGAGCAAUGCUGGACGCGCGGCCGUCGAAGCCGCCCAUCAUAUCUCCGUGUUGAUUGAUCGUGCUUCGGCGUAUCCGCUGACCGUCCCGUUCGCGGGCUACUGUGCAUACUCCGCUAGCACUGUUCAUAUCUGGGGCAUCUUCUCCAAAAACGUCCAGCUGGAGGCACGAUCCAAGGAGAACCUCCGCCAUACAUACCGUUAUCUCAACAAGAUGAAGAAAUACUGGGGGAUGUUUCAUUAUAUGGUCGAGAGCGCCAAGGAUCGAUAUCGACAAUUUGCCGACGCCGCCAUCAAGGGCACUGUGAUCACGCAGAACGGUGGACAGAUCACCCCGAUGUUCCAGUACGGCGACUGGUUCGAUAAAUACCCACAUGGCAUGGCGAGAUCCCACUGGGAGGAGCCCGACCCGAAGCUGAAGUCGAAGAACGACGAGGGAGUCAUGAGUCAACGACCCGACCUCCAGAGCGUCGAGGAGUUUUUCGCCAGCCUCUCCCCAACGCCACAGCCGACCAUGCCCCGUCGCCCGUCCAAACGGAGCGCCAAGGGCGACAGCCUCAGUGGAUUUGACCAGGCCACGCCCCCACAGACCGUGGAUGUCAGUAUGGAGGGUGCCCCGGGCAUGCUGGGCACCACGGGGACCGGGUUCCCUCAACCGGCCAUGUUCAAUCAGAACCGCAACGGACAAGGCCCGUUCGGGCAGACAGCCUUCGACUUUCCCCUGCCCGCCGCGGAUCAGCUCCCCCAGCUUGACCGCCAAUUUGUGUAUGGCUCAUUUGGCGACUUCGAUCCCACGGGCGCAUCUUUCGUGCCCCCUGUACCGGACAAAGCAGCCAUGCCCCCGGCGCCCCCGGACAUUCCGCCUAACCAAGACCCAGCCACUAUUUUCACCGGGCAAAUCGACCCCAACGCCCCCUCCGGCGCCGGGGAAUACUACCAACCCAGCGCCUGGUUCCUCCCCUUCAACCUCGACCCCAUCGGCGCUGGGGCAGCCGUCAACCUCGAUCCCGCCGCUCAGGCCGGCGGUCCUACUAGCAACCCCGUCGGCGCACCCGAUUUCUCUGGCUUUGGCGGGGCGGGCGGCAUGCCGCUGGGCGCGUACGACAUGGGGAUGGGAGUGAACCGCAGCUCACAUCCCUAAUCAUACCAUAACCAUAACCAUACUCCUGAAUCAUAGGGAGGGUGUGUGUUUGUGUCUUCCCGGCCAUCCCGGGCCCCUCGUGUAUUUACCUUUGAAUUCAGUACUUUGGCGAAAUCUUUGUGUCUGCUUUGAAUCGGGCGGCUGUCUUUGGGAGUGGGAGAAAAAAAGAACCGGAGUUAUGAGAGCUACGGAUCUGGGUGGUCACAUGGUUCUGUGAUUGAUGCCAUUUGUUUUCCUUUUACUUAUGCCCCUAGCUGGCUUUUGCAUGGAUGAUGUAGGUGC